GGCGGGGAAGUUUCUGGCACCUUCUGGCGGUGCCGGCGGAAGCGGCCGGGAGGGAGCGGCGGAGGCGGCGCCGGGCAGCGCCAUGGCCAAGUGGGGCCAGGGGGACCCGCGCUGGAUCGUGGAGGAGCGGGCGGACGCCACCAACGUGAACAACUGGCACUGGACGGAGCGGGACGCGACCAGCUGGUCCAAGAGGAAGCUGAAGGAGGUGCUGGAGGGGCUGGUGGUGGAGGGCGAGGCCGGGCGCUGCGAGAUCGGCGACCUCAAACACGUGGAGGGCGAAGCGUCCUGCAACAGCCGCAAAGGGAAACUCAUCUUCUUCUACGAGUGGAACCUGCGCCUCAGCUGGAAAGGUACAGUGAAAGAGUCUGGUGAGAAACAUAAGGGAUCUGUUGAAAUUCCUAACCUGUCAGAAGAAAAUGAGGUAGAUGAUACAGAGAUAAAUGUUAGCAAGAAGAAAGGGGAAGGUGAUGUUCUGAAGGACCUGAUGAGAACUGAAGGAACCACCAAAGUCAGAGAGGCCCUGAGGGACUACCUGAAAGCACUUAAAACAGAGUUCACCUUGGGAAUGAUUCUGCCAACAAAAGCUCCUGGUGGUCAGGAACUGGCCACAGAGCGAAAACCAAGUGGGAGCACUGUGCAGGACUCUGUUACACCCCAGUCUCUGGAUAUGGUUGGAGUAAAAAUUCCAACAGUGAGGAUACAUAUGAGGGAAGUCUUCAACUCUCCAGCUGAUGAACUUUACAGCAUCUUCACAAAGAAGGAAUUGGUACAGAAGUUCUCCAAGUGCCCAGCUGUGAUUGAAGCAGAGAAAGGAGGCAAACUUCAGAUGUUUGAGGGCUGUGUCAGCGGUGAAUACACCGAACUGGUUCCCAGCCAAAGAAUUGUCCUGAAGUGGCGAUGUAGGAGCUGGCCUGAUGAACAUUAUGCAACAGUGGCCUUGAACUUCCAGGACCUGGCGGCUCAGUCGGAACUGGAGCUGGAAUGCAAAGGGGUUCCUGUCUCCCAUGAAGAGAGUACAAGACAAUGUUGGAAGAAGCAGUAUUUUGAAGAAAUACAUAUUUUACUGCAGCAAUCAAAAGAUAACAUGGAAUGAUAACAGCACUGUAGUUUUGUUAGGGCAUUACUUUUUAUACUUUGUUAACAUUUGGUUUUCUAAAAAAAAAAAUAUAUAUAAUUUAUUUGUGGGAAGAAUAAAGACCCACUUCUAUGAGACUGUACAUA